AUGGCCACAAUCGAGCAACAGGACAAGAUGUCAAAGGAGGAGCGUGCGGCAUAUGACGCAAAGGAGCGCGCGCGCGAGCAGACCGAACAGGAUGCGCUCCCGUACAAGUGGAGCCAGGACCUGAACACUGUGUCUGUAUCUGUCCCGUUGCCGAGCGGGACUCGUGGCCGUGACCUCCAGGUCGUCAUGGAGCGGCGGAAGCUGAAGGUUGAUGUGAAGGGUGGCGCGACGCUGCUCGAGGGCGAGUUGUUCGAGGAGAUUGCAAAGGACGAUAGCUCGUGGACCAUUGAAGACGGCACCCUCACGUUCGAGCUCGAGAAGAUGAGCGCCCACAUCGGGAGUCAUCGGUGGUGGCCACAUGUCCUGACGCACGACCCCAAGAUCGACACCACCAAGAUCCAGCCCGAGAGCUCCAAGCUGAGCGACCUCGACGGCGAGACUCGUGCCAUGGUUGAGAAGAUGAUGUUUGACAACCAGCAACGACAGGCUGGCAAGCCAACGUCGGACGAGAUCAAGAAGAUGGAGACGCUCGAAAAGUUCAAGAAGGCACACCCCGAGAUGGACUUUAGCAACGCCAAGAUGGGUUAA